AGCCAAUUGUCGCAAGGAGCUCCGUGAUUGGUUGAAACGGAUGCUCCGCCCUGCGAGGCUUGAUAUGGGAAUUUACUGGCGCCAGCCGCAUCAGUCUGCGCCACAUCUCAUUAAUGAGCCGCACUGAACGGAUCAAGAGGUUUACGCAUCCAUUCAGCGUUUGGCCGUCAGCUGAUCCCAGCUGCAACAGGUAUCCCCCCCAGCCAAACUUAGAUUUUUGCGUCUUUGUUUCUUUUUAACUGACGACACCGGAUUUAUUUACUUCGACACGGAGACAGCUGCGUUUUUUAUUUACAAUCACAAGGAUCUAAAAUGAUGUUCAACCGAGGACGGGGAAAAAAGCACCGUCUUGUUUAAGGAUUCUACUUGCAAAGUUAAUACUCACAGUCAGGUCUUCACAGCCCGCUGGACUUUAUUAUACCAAGGACUGAACUUCCAUCAGGAGUCAAACAGAGUCGCCCUCAAAAGGGAACCAGCGCAGUCAUGGAGGUCGCAGCGGCAGACCAGUCUCGGUGGAUGGCGCACCAUCAUGCAGUUCUGAAUGGCCAGCACCCGGACUCUCACCAUCACAGUCUGAGUCACAACUACAUGGAGCCCAUGGCGCCUUUGCUGCCCCAGGAUGAAGUUGACAUGUUUCUGAACCACUUGGACUCUCAAGGGAAUCCGUACUACACCAACUCCAGGGCAAGGGUUACAUACAGCCAAGCGCACGCUCGCCUCACUGGGAAUCAGGUUUGCCGGCCGCACCUCAUUCACAGUCCCGGUAUCCCUUGGCUAGACCCCGGGAAAGCUGCGCUCUCUGCGGCGCACCACCAUAACGCAUGGGCGGUCAGCCACUUCAGCAAACCCGGCCUUCACCCCGCUGGCUCCGGCUACCCGUGCAGCAACAGCACCGGCACAGCGUCCGUGUCUUCGCUCACUCCAGCCUCGCACUCAAGCCCGCACCUCUACAGCUUCCCCCCAACCCCACCGAAAGACGUAUCCCCAGACCCAGGUCCCACCUCCCCGACUUCCACCUCGACCAGGAUGGACGAAAAGGAGUCGGGCAAGUAUCAGCUGACGGACGGCAUGAAAAUGGAGAGCUGUAGUCCGCUCCGCAGCGGCCUGGCCUCCAUGAACAGCCAGGCUCCAGCCACGCACCACCCCAUCCCAACGUACCCGGCAUACACCCUGCCUACACCCCACGAGUACAGCGGCAGCCUCUUCCACCCCGGCAGCCUGCUCGGCGGCUCUUCCUCCAGCUUCACGCCCAAAUGCAAAAGCAAAGCCAGGUCGAGCUCAGAACUAUACACAGAGGGUCGUGAAUGUGUCAACUGCGGUGCCACUUCCACCCCUUUGUGGCGGCGGGAUGGCACUGGUCACUACCUGUGCAACGCCUGCGGACUGUACCACAAGAUGAAUGGCCAGAAUCGACCACUUAUCAAGCCCAAACGAAGACUGUCCGCUGCCCGGCGCGCAGGCACCUGCUGUGCAAACUGCCAGACCACCACCACCACUCUUUGGAGGCGCAACGGGAACGGAGACCCGGUGUGUAACGCCUGCGGCCUUUACUUUAAAUUGCACAAUGUCAACAGACCCUUGACCAUGAAGAAAGAAGGCAUCCAGACACGCAACCGCAAAAUGUCCAGCAAGUCCAAGAGGAACAAGCGGGGAGGGGACAGCUUUGACGAGCUCUCCAAAUGCAUGCAGGACAAGGCCUCUCCCUUUGGAGCUGCACCCAGUCUCACCAGCCACAUGACCCACAUGGGUCACCUUGGCCCCUUCAGCCACUCGGGACACAUGCUGCCCACUCCCACGCCCAUUCACCCUUCAUUUGGUCACCCCCAUCACUCCAACCGCUCGCCUGUCUGGGCUGAGCCUCACUGAGGCAACAUCCAGAAACCCUUGGCUUGGAGGAACCACCACAUUUGCCAUAAACACUAAAUGACUUCCGCAUCGAAGCUGAGCAGACUUGUGUCGAGUACGGCGGAGGGAGGGAAGAGGCCUUUGGUUGGACUGAGUAGCUGAGGGUUGCGUCAUGUCUGGCCUCACUGAUGGGACGCUGCAGAGUGCAGGACUUUGUGAGGAGCUGACUGGGGUUUGCAGAAAAAAAAGUGAAUCAAGAUGCUUGUCAUUCUUUUUGCUUAUUUUUACUAAGUCACUUUGGUACCCACCUCUCCCUGACCCUGUAAGAGGAGACUCAAGAGAGGUCCUAAAAAACCCGCUGUUUUCACCUCAUAAGCAUAUCCUUAUAUUCUGAGAUUUGUGCACCCUGUUGAAGACCAGACUGCCGUCCACAGCUGCUAUGGACAGACAGGCGGACUGCUCAGUGCUGAGGGUCUUGAGACUGGAUGAACAGAGACAAAUAGAGACGCUCUGUUAUAUUCCAGUCAAACUCGCAACACCAGGAAAACCUGUGCUCUCCUCACAUGCUGGAUUGUAAAGCCACCACAAUGUUCCCCUGUUUUUGAUAACAGAGUUUUAUGAAAAAAAGGAGAAAGCGCAGUAAAUAGAGUGUUUAUAAAUGCUUAAUUGCUAUUAUUGUUGUUAUAUUUGAUGUUAUAAUUAUUGCUACGAUAAUUUAUUUUCACCUUUUAAGCUUUCAUCGGACACACUCGGAAACAUAUGAUUUAAACUUCAUGGUUAUUACGUAAAAGAAAACACUGACCUGUCCUAGAUGAAACGUUCUUGAGCUGUACGUUUUUUUUAAUCAUUUUUCCAUCUCACAAAAAAAGGAAAUAAAGUUUAAUACUGAAGUAAA